AUGGCGCAGAACUGGAGGUUCAAGGCUCUCAAGUUUCUUCCUUUGAGAGCCAGAAAAUUAUUCAUUUCUGGAAGUGCUUCAAAUGAAUUGGUUGAUACCCAUGAGAUCACAAACUGCGCGACGUUAAAUUCAAAUGAACAUCUAAUCGUCACUGAUCAAUUUCCAUUCCUGCAACUUCCCUUGGAGUUGCGAGUUUUGAUUUACAAGAAAAUUAUCCCAGAUGAGAGCGUCUGGUGUAACUUUGCAUCACGGAUCACAGCCGAUCAUUUACAGAAUCUUUCAAAGGAAAAAACAUUAAACACCAUUGGUCUUUCAAGAAAAGAUGGCGACGCUUGCUGUCCUGAAAUAUUAUCUACCAUGAAGUCAUUCCGCUGUGGUAUGGUACAGGAGAACUUUGCCUCUGGCUGA